AUUUGUGGGGAGGCGCUAUAGCCAUUUCGCCACAUGAAAGCCCGAUGAGCUGAACGACCAACAUCCGAGUUGCUCGUGGAGAGGAGAAAUCAGCUUUGAGGAGCUCCGCGCGCACCCACACGCGUACACGAACUUGCGCGCAAAGACGCACGGAGCACACUUCCUCCUCACCCGCCGCGAAAAGAGGGAGAGGACACACGAAGAGCAAACUUCCAACUCUCCCAUGUGGGAAGCAGAGGUUUGAAGAUAAGGUGUAUUUUUUUUUUUCCCUCUUCGGGGCUCCGUUCCUCCCCCCCUCUCUCCGUCUCAGUGUGUUUGGCCGGAUAUUUGUGUUUCUAUGAGAGUCUUGCUCGGCGACAAGAGAAGUUUGGUUGUUUUUGCCUGGUCGGCUGAGGAGGAGGAGGAGGAGAAGAAGAAGAAGAGUCCGGUUUAAAGUUGGGGAAGAUGGUCCUCAACGCCGCUUGGAGAAGAAGCUUGCUAUGCGUCCUGGCGCUCGUUCUCGGCUUUGCGUCCCCGCCGUGCAAAGCUCGGAUUUACACCAACCACUGGGCAGUCAGGAUAGCCGGGGGACCCGAGGUGGCCGAGCGGAUAGCGGAAAAAUAUGGCUAUAGGAACAUGGGACAGAUUGGGGAUCUCAAAGACCACUAUCACUUCUUCCAUAGUCGGACUAUCAAGAGGUCGACGUUGUCCAGUCGUGGUCGCCAUAGUUUCAUCUCCAUGGAGCCCAAGGUGGAGUGGAUACAGCAGCAGGUGGUGAAGAGGAGAAUCAAGAGGGAUUACAAACCGGCCCCGCCCCUUUCCCUGUCGAGCCCCGCCCACAGCAGCCCAGCCCAAAACAACAUGUUCUAUAAUGACGCCAAAUGGAGCAGUAUGUGGUACAUUCACUGCAACGACGACGUCCACAACUGUCAGUCGGACAUGAACAUCAUGGGGGCGUGGAAGAGGGGCUACACGGGCAAAGACGUGGUGGUGACCAUACUGGACGACGGCAUCGAGCGGAACCACCCGGACCUCUUUCAGAACUACGACCCUCAAGCGAGCUAUGAUGUCAACAGCAACGAUGUGGAUCCCAUGCCCCGAUAUGACGCAACCAACGAGAACAAACACGGUACACGGUGUGCAGGUGAAGUUGCUGCAGCUGCAAACAACUCGCACUGCAUUGUGGGAAUUGCCUACAAUGCCAGAAUAGGAGGUGUGCGAAUGCUGGACGGAGACGUCACGGACAUGGUGGAGGCCCGGUCUCUGAGCCUCCACCCGCAGCACAUCGACAUCUACAGUGCCAGCUGGGGGCCUGAUGACGACGGGAAGACUGUGGACGGGCCGGCAUCUCUGGCCAGGCAGGCCUUCGAGAACGGCAUCCGCAUGGGGAGGAAGGGCCGCGGCUCCAUCUUCGUCUGGGCUUCGGGCAACGGCGGUCGCAGCAGAGACCACUGCUCCUGCGACGGAUACACCAACUCCAUCUACACCAUCUCCAUCUCCAGCACGGCCGAGAGCGGACGCAAGCCCUGGUACCUGGAGGAGUGCUCGUCCACACUGACCACCACCUACAGCAGCGGGGAGAGCUACGACCGAAAGAUUAUCACAACAGACCUGAGACAUCGGUGUACAGACAGUCACACGGGGACAUCCGCCUCCGCUCCUAUGGCCGCUGCCAUUAUUGCUCUGGCCCUGGAGGCAAAUCCUCUUCUAACUUGGAGAGAUGUGCAGCACAUCAUUGUGAAGACCUCUAGAGCCGGACAUCUCAGCGCCCCCGACUGGAAAACCAAUGCUGCCGGUUACAACGUCAGCCACUUGUAUGGCUUUGGCCUGAUGGACGCGGAGGCUAUGGUGAAGGAGGCGGAGAGGUGGAAACAAGUCCCCAACCAGCACGUCUGCGUGGAGAGUGCAGACCGACAAAUCAGAACGAUCCGUCCAGAGCACGCUGUCCGCUCGGUGUACAAGGCCACAGGCUGCACCGACAACCCCAACCACCACGUGAUCUACCUGGAGCACGUAGUCGUGCGUAUUACGAUUACACACCCUCGCCGUGGGGACCUGUCAAUCAACCUGACCUCACCCUCAGGGACCAAGUCUCAGCUGCUUGCCAACAGGUUGUUUGAUCACUCCAUGGAGGGUUUUAAAAACUGGGAGUUUAUGACCACCCACUGUUGGGGCGAGAAGGCAGCAGGCGACUGGGUCCUAGAGAUCUAUGACUCACCUUCUCAGCUCCGCAGCCAGAAAGUACCUGGCAAGCUGAAGGAGUGGUCGCUGGUGCUGUACGGUACCUCUGUCCAUCCUUACUCAUCUCUGCACAUAGAAAAGCCUCACAUAAUGACGACCCCUGAAGAGGAGUUCACCGAGGAGUACAACGGCCCCUGUGACGCUGAAUGUAACGAGAAUGGCUGCGAGGGCCCUGGACCCCACCACUGCAUCAACUGCCUCCACUUCUUCCUCAAGUUCAAAAACAACACCAGGAUGUGCGUGUCCGAGUGCCCCAGUGGCUUUUUCCGUGACGAUCGGAAGCGCUGCAAGAAGUGCUCCUCCUUGUGCGAGACCUGCGUUGGUAGCCGUAGCGACCAGUGCACCACGUGCAGAGCCGGCUUCCACCUCAACGAGGGCACACACACGUGCGUUGCCAAUUGUGCCGACGGUCACUACCUCGAUAACGAUUCCAACAUUUGCAGGAGAUGUCUAGAGAACUGUAAGAAGUGUACAACCUCCAAUAUCUGCACAGAAUGUAAACCAGGGAUGAGCCUUCAAGCCAACAAGUGUCAGAUGACUUGUGAUCCAGGGACUUAUUACAACGGCCACAGAAGGACUUGUGAGCCCUGUCAUCGGGCCUGUGCCACCUGCGCGGGCACGGGUAUAGAGGCAUGCAGCAAGUGUGCAGACGGCUACCUGCUCGAGGACUGGCGGUGUGUGUCGACAUGCAGCGCCGGCUACUACCUGUCAGAGCAGACCUCAGACAACGGGCAGACGCAGAGGUCCUGUAAGAAGUGUGACAAUAGCUGCUACGAGUGCUCGGGGCCGGGGGACAGAAACUGCAGCAGCUGCAUCAGUGGUUACAAUCAGGAGGCAGGAGCCUGCGUGGUCAGCACCAUCUGCAAAGAUGGAGAGUACAUGAGUGAACGUGGAGAGUGUCUCCAGUGUCAUUCUACCUGUCUGCACUGCACUGGUCCGAAGACGGAGGACUGCACCAGCUGCCCUGCGACAAGGUUCUUUGAUGAGGGACGCUGUGACACCCGCUGCCAGACGGGGCGUUACACUGCGGGGAGACAAUGCCACCCCUGCCACUACACCUGCCAGGAGUGCACCAGUGAGGGACCUGACAGCUGCACCGGCUGUGGCAGAGAUAGGUUUGGUGUGCCCAGGUACUUCUUUGAGGGUCAGUGCGUGGAUGCGUGUCCAGGGGGCUUCUUCCAGUCCUCAGGGAGCCUGUGUGAACCCUGCCCUGCCAAGUGCGUCGCGUGUACUGGAGCAGACCGCUGCCUCCACUGCAGCCCAGGGCACGAGCUCAGAAACGACCGCUGCGUCCCGCUGGAGUGCAGCGCAGGUGAAGAUUCGGAUGCAGAGGGUUGUCUCCUGUGUGGUGAAGGAUGCGAGCAAUGUGAACGCAGUGACUCAGGAGAUCAGACGCAGGAAACUGUUUGCCUGCAAUGUAGAAUUGGUUACUACCAGUUAGGUUCUGAAUGUCAUCAGGCCUGUCCGGAUCGGACGUACGGCGUGGAAGACGCCAUGGUGUGCGCUCCGUGUGAAGACAAGCGAUGUGAAAUCUGCGACCAGUUCCAGUGCUACUUGUGUCAAGAGGGAGCUUAUGUCUUUGACGGAGAGUGUGUGGAUCGCUGUGGGGACGGUUUCUUUUUGGACAAGAAGAGCAGUGAGUGCGAGCCGUGCCACCCCAACUGUCGUACCUGUGAAGGACCGCGACAUGGCGACUGUGACUCCUGCGAGGACGGGUUUGUGCUGAACGGCAGAGAGUGUCUAGAGGCCGGACAGCUCGCGCACCCCCCCAAGAAACACAUCAGGAGCAGUCAGGACAAAGACAAGCUGUGUCACACCUCCUGUCUGACGUGCUCUGGUACAAGGAAGGAUGAGUGCAUGAGCUGCUCCCCAGAUAAAGUUUUAACCUCUCAGAACACCUGCGUGGCUCACUGUCCAUCUGGGACUUUCGUCAACACCACAUCUCACCAGUGUGAGAACUGCAGCGAGGGAUGUUUCGUAUGCCACAGCGCCGAAAAGUGCGAGCUGUGUCACACCGGACUUAACCUUCAAGAAGGCGUGUGCGUGAAGGAGUGUCACAAGGGGUUUCCGCGAGAUGGCGUUUGCCACCCGUGUGCUCCAGAGUGUGAAACAUGCGAAGAAAGUCCCACGCGCUGCCUGAGCUGUGACAGCGAGUUCUUGCUGCUGGACCACUCCUGCAGAACCUUUUGCCCACAGACCUACUACGUUCACGAGAAAGAAUGCCGUCAAUGUCCGACUCACUGUCUGGAGUGCAAUCGGGAAGGCCUGUGUGAGAAGUGUAGUGAAUACUACUUCCUCCACGCCGACAAGUGUGUGGAUGAUUGUCCUGAAGGCUACUUCCCCAGUAAGGAGCAGCAGGAGUGCAUGCAGUGCCAUGCUCAAUGUGCCACAUGUGACGGACCAGGCACCGACGACUGCAUCCUGUGUCACAACUCCGGAGCUGUUCGCUACGAAGGACAGUGUCUGGAGGAAUGUCCCACCAGCACUUUCCAUGACACGACUAACAAUGAAUGCCAAGAUUGUGACGCCUCGUGUCUGACCUGCUCUGGUCAUGGGCCCGCAUCCUGCCUCAGCUGCGAGGAGAGCUGGCGUCUAGAUACCAACGGGCACUGUGUGUGGUACAGCCAGUGCCCCAUGCACUCAUACUUGGAUGGCGAUGGCGAGUGCCAGCACUGCCACAAACGCUGCCACGUCUGCUCGGGGCCAGGGAAGGACAACUGCCUCAGCUGCAACGAGCCACUCUUUCUACUGAACACCACAUGCGUGCAGGAGUGUCCUGAGGGUUACUAUCCCGAGGACACGGAUAAGCGGGAGUGUGUGCCCUGCCACCUCAGCUGUAAGUCCUGCAGUGGCCACCACAGUGGACACUGCGUGGAAUGCAAGCCCGGACUCUUCAAGCAGGGGGGCAGCUGCGUCGAGACGUGCUCAGAGAGUCAUUUUGGCAACAAGACCACCAUGGUUUGCGAUCACUGCGACCCCUCUUGUAGCCGGUGUUCGGGCCGUGGGAACUUAAAUUGUCUGAGCUGCAGGACGGAUUAUGUCUACAUGACGCAUUGGGGACAGUGCCUGCAGAAGUGUCCGGAUGGCUACUUCAAAGACGAGCGGUCCUCAAUUUGUCACAAAUGUCACCCUACCUGCAAGACCUGCAGUGGUACAGGAAGCCGGUUUUGGCAUUCAGUUUUUGGUGAUAGCGGUCUUUCCUGUCUGUCCUGUUACGAGGGCUACACGUAUAUGCACGGCCUCUGUCAAUCCCAGUGUCUCAUAGGCACCUACGCUGCUCCACAGGACUCGGGGUCAGAGAGCCACAAAGUAAACUGCAAAGCGUGCCACCCGUCCUGCUUGGCCUGCCGAGGCCCCAGCACCUGGGAGUGCACUGUGUGCCCCCCAGCCCGUAUCCUGUCUGAGGAUGGUCGCUGCUUGAGGUGCUGUGGAAACGACACCCUCCACAACGGUGAAGCAAUGCCCCGGGAGUGUUGUGACUGCAAGUCGUCACAUGUGGAGUGCGUCCUGAGCGUCAACUUCGUGGUGAGGUCAGGGGACGAUGCAGAGGCUCAAGGAAGCACGGCCAAAGUCCUUACCACUGUUUGCGUCCUGCUCAUCCUCUGCGUGGGAGGUUUGGUCUUCAUCUUCCUCUACGUUCGGUCGAACUCGCCCGGCGUCGCGGCCCUCACGGGCAAAGCCGGAGGCUACGAGAAACUGGACACCAAUGGGUCCGUGGCAACGCAGUCCACCGCCGCCUCAGCCGAGGAGUGCGGCCUCCGGAUGCUGGAUCCCCAAGACAACGAAGAGGAGGACGACGACAUCGUGUACAUGGCGCAAGAUGGAACCGUGUAUCGGAAGUUCAAGUACGGGCUGGUGGACGACGAGGAGAUGGAGCUCGAGUAUGAUGACGAGAGCUUCUCGUACAAAUAGAAACAAACGCGCGCGGUGGACAAAUACACUGUGUGUCACUGCAGUCUAAAUAUGUUGUGAGAUGUGUCUUUUGUUUGGAAAGUCCCUCCAGAUUACGUUAGCAGGGUCACGUGUUCAUAUUCAUGAUACAUUGUGGGUAUAACAAACAUCUUGUCCUUGGUAUCUGAAACCUCGUUGUCAUGGGCUCAUGAUUUUUUUUAUUUUUUGUUUUUUUUUUCUUGCAGCUGUCCUCUAACCACACGUGCACAUGAAAGAUUGGCCAUUUCGGCAUUAAUCUCACUGUUUUGUGUUUGACUUUGUGUCUUAUAGUAAGCUUUGGCUGCCCAGGACCGUUGAUAGGAUUAUUUGCACCUUUGUGCGUGAAUGGCUGCAAAAGUCAAACAAAAGUAAAAAAAAAAGGGGUAUCACAGCUCUCACACUUGUGACAUAUUCGGCCACAUCUGUAAAUUCAGUCUGAUUAAACCCCUGGUGUCACCUUGAUUCACUUUGCUAAUUUAGCCAGUUGUCAGGUUUGAGUCGGACGUGAACGACUGAUCUUCUGCCUGAAAAUCAAGAAUGUUGGUUAGUUGAUGAAUUAUACAGUUUUAUCCUUAGAUUGGUCUAAUUAUAUUUUAAGAAGAGCUUGAUUUUUUUUUACAUCAUCAAAUGAUACAGUAACUAUUGUCUAAUUAUAAGAUCUUCCAUAUUAACACAGUCAUGUUUGCAGGUAUGCAUCAUAGUUUGGAAGUUACACAUUCAUUAUCAAAUCACGUGGGACUCUAUGGCUGGACAGAAUGAUAUUCUCUGUACACUUCUUAUAUUUGUUUGCCAUGCGGUUGAAAGCAUGUAUUAAUCAGAGUUGUGUACUGCUGUGUUGUGUCUCUGUUGCACUGAAGGAGUUCCCACAGUCUGAUUUGCGACUGUGAAGUGGCACAGUUUCGAUCUUCUCAGGCUGGUGUUUAGACUACAGCGAGAUGUUGUGCGUCUAUGCUUGUGUUCAGAGCAUACUGCCGCACAAGGGAUUUUUACUCAAACAUGCACUUAAAAGAAGAAAAGUCUACUACUGCUCAGCCUUAAUGUUUUGAUUUGGUUCUCACAACACGUCUGCUUCACUGUCGCUGAAAAGUGUGUGAAUAAUUUGUUUUCUGGCACUUGGUUGAAAUAAAAUCUGCUGUUAAUGAUUAUUUUAUAA